AUGUCGAAGGCGACGAAGCGUAAACAUGUCACGAAAGAACUCGAAGAUAACGUACUCGAAAUACCAAAUGACAAGCAAGCGAUAGUACGACUGAUUGAUUCACGGGGAAACAAUCUUCAUGAAGUCAUUGAUCGUCUUGGAGAAAGUUAUCUUGUUUCGAUGCCGGUUAAAUUCCGUCGCAAUGUUUGGGUCAAAAGAGGUGAUUUUGUUCUCGUCGAAACCAUUCCCGAAGGUGACAAAGUUAAAGCGGAAAUUGUCAAGAUUCUUACCAAGGAUCACCGAAAAUUUUACAAAUCACAGAAUUGUUGGCCUGAAGAGUUCAAUGAAAUAGGAUCGAAAGAAGAGUCAGCUAUGUCAUUAAAAAUCGAAGAUGAGAAUGAGUCGAGCGAGGAUAACGCAGAUGACGAUCUCUUCGUUAAUACCAACAGACAACCGCACAAUUUUCAUAGGUCUCGAACCAAUACGUCUAGCAGCGAAUCGUCGGAAUCUGAUUGA